GAAGAGGCCAUGGCCAUGGCUGGGAGCAGCGUGGCCCAGAAGACAUGGGAGCUCUCCAAUAACAUGCAGGAGGUGCAGAGCAUCGAUGAGAUCUAUAAAUACGAUAAGAAGCAGCAGCAGGAGAUCCUAGCAGCCAAACCAUGGACAAAGGACCAUCAUUACUUCAAGUACUGCAAAGUGUCUGCCCUAGCCCUGCUGAAGAUGGUCAUGCACGCCAGAUCAGGAGGGAACCUUGAGGUGAUGGGCCUCAUGCUUGGAAAAGUGGACGGGGAGACUAUGAUCAUUAUGGACAGUUUUGCUUUACCAGUUGAAGGAACUGAAACCAGAGUCAAUGCUCAGGCUGCUGCUUAUGAAUACAUGGCUGCAUAUAUUGAAAAUGCAAAGCAGGUUGGAAGACUUGAAAAUGCAAUAGGCUGGUACCACAGUCACCCUGGCUAUGGCUGUUGGCUUUCUGGCAUAGAUGUCAGCACCCAGAUGCUUAAUCAGCAGUUUCAAGAACCCUUUGUUGCAGUAGUGAUUGAUCCAACAAGAACAAUAUCUGCUGGCAAAGUUAAUCUUGGUGCAUUCAGAACAUAUCCAAAGGGCUAUAAACCUCCAGAUGAGGGUCCGUCAGAGUACCAGACGAUUCCUUUGAACAAAAUAGAAGAUUUUGGGGUGCAUUGUAAGCAGUAUUAUGCCUUGGAGGUUACAUAUUUCAAAUCAUCUUUGGACCGAAAACUUCUUGAGCUGUUGUGGAAUAAAUAUUGGGUGAAUACACUGAGUUCCUCUAGCCUUCUGACAAACGCGGAUUACACAACCGGACAGGUAUUUGAUUUAUCGGAGAAAUUAGAGCAGUCUGAAGCCCAGCUUGGUCGAGGGAGUUUCAUGCUUGGAUUAGAAACUCAUGACCGAAAAUCUGAGGAUAAACUGGCAAAAGCAACAAGGGACAGCUGCAAGACAACCAUUGAAGCCAUCCAUGGAUUGAUGUCACAAGUGAUUAAAGAUAAAUUGUUCAACCAGAUCAAUACUGCCUAAUGUUUCAUUUUGCAAAGAUUCAAGAUUGGCUGUCUGUCUUGUUCAAAUAAGUUGCUUCUUUUAUGCAGAGGCCAGAGAUUUUCAUCUGGGUUGCACUUUUUGUUUGUUUAAACCUAUGGAAAGCAAAGGACAUUUAUUGUGACAUUCUUGAAAUAUUCCCAUUUAUUGGAUUGGAGCUCUCUAAGUAAAUACAAUAUUUUAAACUGU